AUGGCAGAUGGCGGAGGAGACGACGAGCAAGAAAUUUUCAAGCCAACUUAUCGAUCCAGUGUGUGGAAACAUUUUGGCUUUUGCAAACACGGAGGUGUUCUAAAUAAGUCGGUCGCUGUCUGUAGGAUAUGUAGAAGCCAAAUAAAAAACCACGGAAACACGACGAACCUUUCCAGCCAUCUACUAAGGCGCCAUGGGAUCAAACAAAACGCCGACAGUCCAGGCACCUCCAGCAUCGUUACCGCUGCAGCAGCAGCAGAAGCUAACUCCAGCUCUGCAGGAACCUCAGGCCUCGCCAGCAUGUUCUGUCAGAAACUUGGCCGAAACUCAGCGCGGGCGAAAAACAUCACAGUAACAAUUGCCAAGUUUAUCUGUAAAGACAUGCGACCCUACAGUGUGGUUGAAAAUCCGGGGUUCUGUGAACUGAUCCACACAUUGGAGCCACGGUACCAGAUACCGAGCCGACCACACUUCUCCGAAAAGAUCAUCCCUGAACUGUACGAAAGUACUAAGAAUGAUGUGAAGAUGUCGCUUACUCAAGCUGAACGUGUAGCGAUGACGACGGAUGGCUGGACGUCAUGCUCAAACCAAGGGUAUGUGACGAUAACCUCUCAUCACAUUGAUCCGGAGUAGAAUAUGAAGACAUUUGUUCUGCAAACCAGAGUUUUAAACGAAGCCCAUACUGGUAAAAAUAUCGGCGCGUUACUGCGUGAAGCCUGCACAGAGUGGAAAAUCUCAGACAAUAAUCCUGCCAUCGUCACUGAUAACGCCAGGAACAUGAUUGUGGCCGGUGCAGAAGCCCAGUUCAGUCCGCACAUUACCUGCUUCGCACAUACGCUCAACCUGGCUUCACAGAAGGGUUUGGGGGUGGACCGUGCUUCCAGGUUGUUGGGGAAAGUGCGAAAAAUAGUUGGAUAUUUUCACCGCAGCCCUAUUGCAUGUCACGUCCUACGGGAAAAACAAAAGCUGAUGGAAUUACCCCACCAUAAACUGACUCAAGACAUCAUAACCAGAUGGAACAGUUCAUUCGAUAUGCUUGAUCGAUUUUUGGAACAACAGACCGCUAUAAUGGCAACUCUGAUGUCCAAGGAUCUGCGAAAAGGGGGCACAGAUGUAGGCACGCUGAGUGAGAGUGAUAUUGCCAACAUGGAGGACAUUGUUCAGUUGAUGGGUCCUGUCAAAAUGGCAGAAGAAGAACAGCCAACUCUCUCUGUAAUUGCUCCUCUUCGAGCAAAACUGCUGAAACACCUACAGCCAUGCGAAGACGACUCAACCCUGGUUGCAGAGAUUAAGAGGGUGAUGGCCAAUGACCUCUCCACACGCUACAAAGGCACCCGAGAUGCUCUCAACAUAGCAUCAGCUUUGGACCCCCGAUUCAAAGAACUGCCCUACCUGGAAAAAGAGGACAGAGAACAGGUCUAUGCAAAACUGGUUCUUGAGGCACAACAGAUACCAGCAAUGGGAAAUGAGGAGGAAGGUGAGGGAGGCUCAAGCCCAAAGCUGUCAGGAUCCCAGGAACAGACCACAGCUUCAAAUGAGUCGCCUCCAUGUAAGAAGAAGGCCUUAGAUGCACUGUUUGCCGAUUCCUUCACCCAAACAGAAAGAAAAUCCAUAAGUGAGACAGCCAGAGCAGAGGUGAUAAGGUACCGAGCAAAAGAUGCAUUGCCUUUGACUGGAAAUGCCAUGAAGUGGUGGAGAUCACAGGAGAAAGAGCUACCACUACUUUCAACACUUGCUAAACGGUACCUCUGUAUCCCAGGCACCAGUGUGCCAGCAGAGCGAGUUUUUAGUACUGCUGGGGAUAUAGUAAACGCACAGAGAAGUGUUCUGAGACCAGAUCAUGUGGAUCAGCUGAUAUUUUUGAAAAAAAAUCUGUGAGUCAUUGAAGAGUAGUUGGUUACACCUGAUCUUUUGUUAAAUAUUAGUGCACUGUUUGUUUAUUAAAAUCAGAGUAGUAGCAGGUUCAACCACUGAAAAUAAGUUGGUUGCACUCUAUUAUUGUACUAUUUAUGUUGAAAACCUCUGCAACAGCAGAAGUAGCAGGUAAACCCACUGUUAAUUCAACCUGAAGAAUGUUGGUUGCACUUUAUUUUUGAUACUGUAUUAUUUUUAUGUUGAAAACAACAGCAGAAGUAGCAGGUAAACCUACUGUUAAUUCAACCUUAAGAAAUGUUGGUUGCACUUUAUUUUUGAUACUGUAUUACUUUUAUGUUGAAAACAACAGCAGAAGUAGCAGGUGGUCGCACUUUAUUGUGUAGUGUUUACAUUGAAA